GUUUAGUUGGCGGAGCGAGGAGGCAGUGCUUGGAAGGGGGAACUGGAAGCUGGCUGGUGUAAAGUGAGUCACUCGCGUAGUUUGACGGACGAUAUUCGCACGAAUAACAAUAAUUAUCGACCCUCUGGUAAACGGUGUGGAGUGUUUCGCCCGUUGGAGCCAUGAGUUAUCAAAUGACGUCGAAUCAAUCUAGACCCAUGUCGCACGGCAGCUAUCAAGGCCCGGCAGACCUACCGAUGGGCUCUGCCAAAGAGCAGACUCUCAUGUGGCAACAAAACUCCUACAUGGGCGACUCGGGGAUCCACUCAGGGGCUGCGACUCAGGCGCAGUCUCUGUCAGGAAAGGAAGAUGACGAUAUAGAGGGAGACCAACUCAUGUUCGACUUGGAUCAGGGCUUCGCUCAAGGAUUCACACAGGACCAAGUCGACGAAAUGAAUCAACAACUGAGCCACACGAGAUCACAGCGUGUACGCGCAGCAAUGUUCCCUGAAACAUUAGAGGAGGGUAUUGAGAUACCAUCUACACAGUAUGAUCCAGCGCAACCGACCGCAGUUCAAAGACUGGCAGAGCCAAGCCAAAUGUUGAAGCACGCAGUGGUCAACUUGAUCAACUAUCAGGAUGAUGCAGAUCUGGCAACUCGUGCGAUUCCAGAGUUGAUCAAGCUCCUCAACGACGAGGAUCAGGUUAUAGUUUCGCAGGCUGCUAUGAUGGUGCAUCAGUUGUCUAAAAAGGAAGCCUCACGACACGCUAUUAUGAACAGUCCCCAAAUGGUGGCUGCUCUUGUACGAGCAAUCUCAAACAGCAAUGAUCUUGAAUCAACGAAAGCUGCGGUCGGAACUCUGCACAAUUUGUCUCACCACAGACAAGGGCUUCUGGCUAUUUUCAAAAGUGGCGGUAUCCCCGCCCUUGUUAAGCUGUUGAGUUCACCAGUAGAGUCUGUAUUAUUCUACGCCAUAACCACGCUUCACAAUCUGCUGCUUCACCAAGACGGUUCUAAAAUGGCCGUACGUCUUGCCGGUGGACUGCAGAAGAUGGUUGCUCUUCUUCAGCGUAACAACGUGAAAUUUUUGGCUAUUGUAACCGACUGUCUCCAAAUUCUCGCUUACGGCAAUCAAGAAAGCAAGCUGAUCAUCCUCGCUUCUCAGGGACCAAUCGAACUUGUACGAAUUAUGCGCUCUUAUGAGUAUGAGAAGCUGUUGUGGACAACCUCCAGAGUCUUGAAGGUGCUGUCGGUGUGCUCCAGCAACAAACCAGCAAUUGUCGAAGCUGGCGGUAUGCAAGCCUUGGCAAUGCAUCUUGGAAACUCGAGUCCAAGACUGGUUCAGAAUUGCUUGUGGACACUGCGAAAUCUCUCUGACGCAGGAACAAAAGUUGACGGACUGGAGGGUCUGCUGCAAGGAUUAGUGCAGGUGCUGACUUCAAGCGACGUAAACGUUGUCACAUGCGCAGCCGGUAUUCUGUCAAAUUUGACAUGCAACAAUCAACGCAACAAGGUCACAGUGUGUCAAGUUGGGGGAGUCGACGCACUUGUGCGCACUAUUGUCAGCGCUGGUGAUCGCGAGGAGAUAACAGAGCCAGCAGUCUGUGCUCUCCGUCAUCUAACUUCGCGUCACGUCGACGCCGAAAUGGCCCAAAAUUCGGUCCGCUUGAACUACGGCAUUCAGGUCAUAGUCAAGCUUCUGCAUCCGCCUUCGCGCUGGCCGUUGGUCAAGGCUGUUAUUGGCCUUAUUCGUAAUCUGGCUCUGUGCCCAGCGAAUCAUGCUCCGUUACGCGAACAUGGCGCUAUUCAUCAUCUGGUUAGGCUCCUCAUGCGCGCUUUCCAGGAUACUCAGCGACAGAGAUCCUCAGUGGCUAGUACAGGAAGCCAACAGGCAGCUGGAGCAUACGCAGAUGGGGUGCGCAUGGAAGAAAUUGUGGAAGGCACAGUUGGAGCUUUGCACAUUCUAGCCAGAGAAUCGCAUAACAGAGCGAUCAUUCGAACUCAAACUGUUAUACCGAUAUUCGUCCAGUUGCUGUUCAACGAGAUUGAGAAUAUUCAACGCGUCGCGGCAGGAGUACUUUGCGAAUUGGCGACGGAUAAGGAAGGGGCUGAAAUGAUUGAGCAAGAAGGAGCUACCGCUCCGCUAACUGAGUUACUUCACUCGCGGAACGAAGGCGUUGCAACUUACGCAGCUGCCGUGCUUUUCCGAAUGAGUGACGACAAGCCGCAGGACUACAAGAAACGGUUAUCUAUGGAGCUGACUAACUCGCUAUUCCGCGAAGACACCAGCCUCUGGAACAACGCUGAUCUCGGAAUGGGUCCAGACUUACAGGACAUGCUUGGUCCAGAUCAAGGCUAUGAUGGUAUGUAUGGACAAGGACCCCCUAGUGUGCACAGCAGUCACGGAGGUCGGGGAUACCAGCCGCAAGGUUAUGACCAGAUACCAAUAGAUUCAAUGCAAGGACUUGAGAUAGGCGGAGGAUCGACGUACGGCGCAAUGGACACCAUGGACGUUGCUCAAGAUGGUGAUCUGAGCUUUGAUCACCUCGAAGAACUUCCCGCACCUCCACAAGACAACAAUCAGGUUGCUGCAUGGUACGACACUGAUCUCUAGACCGUGUCGCAGUCAUCAUCGACCGACCUCCGUAAUACGAAAUUCAAAUUGUGAGGUUUUGUUUUCUUUCUUAAUUUUUGAAUCAAGGAAAUUCACAUCAAUCGAAUUAAUAAAUCGAUGCUUUUACUUGCAUUUCAAUUAUAUAUAAAUAUUUUUGAUCAACGUUAACGGAGAUAUUUCGCAGUGGUGAACUGAUAACGCGUCGUCAGGCGUUCCAAACAAUUUUUAGAAGCUCAGAAAAUCUGCAUGUGAAAAUAUGACUUUAUUAGUAAUUAUUUACUAGAUAUGUAUCUAUAGAUAAAAAAAAAAAUCGUGUAGUGAGGCUGUCUGCGUUACGGAAUCUUUAAGAGGUACCGUCGUGUCGUAUUAUUGGCAUUUUUUGUUGCACUAAAUUUUCUAUUAUUAUCGUGAAAUGUAUUUUUUAGUGAAUUUUUUUUUUAUCGUUGCCCCCCCUCCCUCCCUCCCUCCCUCCCUCCCUCCCUCCCUCCCUCCCGCCCCUCUUAUAAUUGUCCGGUGUUCAACGUAACAUUUUCAAAAUUUUUAUGUUACGUACAAAAGUGUAGCGAUAAACUUGACUACGUCAUUCAUUUUUUCAUCGUUAAAAAUCGCCAUAGGUCAGAUUAUUAUUAUUAUUAUUAUUAUUAUUAUUAUUAUUAUUAUUAUUAUACACUAUAAUUUUAUAUAAAUGUCUAUUACGUAAUAAAAAUUGAAACAAAAGGUAAUAUAGCAAUUGAUUUUAUCACUUUCUUCUUGCAUUCUUUGCAAUAUUUCUUUAAUUUUCAAAUUUCAAACGACUAAACUCAUGAAAACUAAAUCACUCCUUGUGUUCGGAUAUAAAUUACGAAGGAACCUUACUUUACUUUUACGGAACUGUUGAACAGCUGUCACUGUCAUCGAAAUAGGGAACACUUUUUUUAUUUUUAUCUUUCACAACGCUUUCAAAUAUGAGUUUGCAAGUUAAAAUGACAAAAGGUUGAAAUAAAAGCAUCGAUUUAGCAUCAAGUUUAUUACACUGUGUUAGCAUUACAUAUAUGUAUGCAGUAAUUAUGUUAGAUCGUGGCAUGAUAGUAGUGAAGUAACCUUUUAUUCUAUUAGUUCGACCACUCGUUUUUGUUAUUGCAUUUGAUUUUCAUUCCCUUCCUUGGGUAUUAUCUAGUUUUAAAACAAAUUUCGAAUGCGAUUGAUAAGUAUAAUUAUUCGCAUUGCACGGUAUUCUCUGCAUUUGAAUGAAAAAAAAAAAAAAAAAAACAAAUACGUGAGUCCUUCUGUACAUUAAAGUGAUGAUAUCGAUGCGAACGCGAC